ACAAUACUACAUUCUCAGUUAAACUGCAAUACAUUGCCGGUCACUCCCUUUAAAGAUCAGGAAUAGGAUUAAAGAACUGUAGAUGUAGUUUAAUGUGAUUCUUUCUUUAUUGAGCAGAAUGUUAAAUACACAACGGCACCACUUAUACUUUUCUAUUCUAAAUUUCCUUCCGAUAUUUUUUUAUUUAUUUCUGGUCAGAUAAAAUUUGACAGGGUACAUUAUAAAACAGACAUGCCACUCUAUAAAUGGCUCUAUAAGGAGAUUAGCACAUUUUUUCAAUCAUAAAAAAAAUUAAUUGAUUUCGUUUUUUAGUAAAAUCGUUCGAUCCGUUAAAAGGCGAUCGUUUUUUUGAAAUUUUUUUUUAAAUAGUCUCUUUAAAUUUUUUUGUUCAGUAAAAAAGCGAACGAAAUCGUUCAUGAACGAUAAUAGAUUGUUCUAACAUCUAACAAAUUUAAAUCUUUCGUUCGUUUUUCAAAAACGAAUUAUUUUUUAUUUCUCGGAACAACACCAUUGUUAACGAAAAAUUUCGUUCGUUCUUUAAAAUUUAGUUAAUUCGUUCAUGUUACAAGGAAAUAAGGAAUGCAGCGGGCCGAGUCUAAAAAUCGAUUUCCAUGCGAAAUAUAAAAGUCAAACAUGAAACUCCGAAUUACUUUAACUCUUAACUCUUUCACAGUUGGGCUAUUUUUUAAAUUAUAUAGGUUUGAGGAGAUGGGGAGGAUUUCAUCACUUCUUAAAUUUUAGUAGAGGAACGUGUGAUGCAAAUAAGAUGCAUGGCUAAAAUGAAGCUUUUCUUUUUUUUAAAAGUCAUAUCCCCCCCCCCCACCACCACCCUCCAGUUCAGGGUUAAUUUUCAUAAGCAAACUAAAAAUUUUAUCUCAUAUAAAAUUCAAAAGACAAAUAUAAAAUAAAAUGUACCUUCCAGUAUCUAACUGCAACUGUAGCUAUGCACAUACUUUUUGUUUAUAAAAAUUUAUUUCGUUUUCAUCAAAUUAGAAUCCUUUUCAAAAAAUACUGAUUAACACCAAAAUGCUGAGUAAAUUUGUUUGGUUGAUAUUACUCAAAGAUUGUGUUGCUGGUUUUAACAUUGGUAAAACAUUCACCAAAAUCAAUGGAUCGAGAAAUAUCUUCUCAGCAACUUCAGGACCUGCGAUAGAGAAGCAUCAUUGUGCUUUUAAGUGUGCAGCCUUUCCAUACUGUGAUAUCUGGGAAUACAAGGAUGGUCUGUGCACUACAGGAUUUAAGUUUGUUCUAAGUCCUACUACUGUGACCAGCACCACCACACCUGUAGCAGUUCUUGGUCCCAGCACUUGUACAGUCCUUCACUAUAUGACCAACCUUGGUGCAGUUGUAGCAGGCAAAAUAACCGAGCCUGUUACACUUGUAGCACUUGGAUCCACCGUCAUGAUAGCCUCCAAGUUCACAAUACCUGCCACAAUCCUGACCUCCACGUAA